AUGGUCAUGAUGGUGUCUGCCAGCAGGGUUGUUGAGGUACUCAAGCCACAUACUCCAUUAAUAAGACUUCCUAACAGAAGAGAAAAUCCUAAACUCAGUGCAUCAGAAGUUUUGAGAUCAGCAGGCCUCCUACCUCACUCUUCUUUGGUCUCCCAGGAUGCUAAGGGAAGUAAAUCACCAGAUAUGAUACAUCAGGGUCCACCAGACACUGCAGCAAUAUUAGAAAUAUUACCUCAGAAAUACAGAAGGAAACUUAUAUCUCAAGAAGACAUGGAAUUCAUCCAACAUGGAGGGCCAGAAUAAUCAUUGAGGCUGCAGUUUAUCAUCAAAGAAUUAUCUUUACAAUAAAGGACUUCCAAAAUGACAAGUACAAAAUUGUAUAUUAAACAACCUUAAUAAAUAUUCUGAGAAAAUGAAAUAUAGAAAAUAUAG